AUGUGGACUCUAGCCUCUCUCCAGUGGACUUCUUCUUCUUCACUUGCUCGCAACCCGACUCUUCAUGCCUUUUCAAGAUUUGAUUCAGUUGGAACCCUCAAGCAAACACAUGAAGAUGAUGGCAUCAGAGGCAAUGAUCACGAGGAUUCCAUCUCUUAUAUCAAGCGAUUGUUAAGAACCAUGGAUGAUGGACGGAUUACCAUCUCAGCAUACGACACAGCAUGGAUUGCACUUAUUGAAGAUGUUAAUGGAAGUGAUAAUCCUCAAUUUCCAUCAAGCCUCCAAUGGAUUAUAGACAACCAACUUCCGGAUGGCUCAUGGGGUGAAGCCCAUUUUUGUCCAUAUGAUAGGUUACUCAACACACUGGCUUGUGUAAUUGCUUUGAAAUCAUGGACGACUCAUGAGGACAAGAUUGCUGAAGGAAUUGCUAUCAUCAAGACACUAUUGGAUAUGUGUAAGCUCGAAAAUGUGGAGAGCAUGAUUUGUGGGUUUGAAGUUAUAUUUCCUGCCCUUCUCGAGCGAGCCCGAAAUUUGGGCAUUGAAAUUCCCUCGGAUACGCCAUUCGUGAAAGAAAUAUGUGCAGCAAGAGAUCUCAAGCUUGAAAGGAUACCGAAAGAUUUGAUGCAUGCACUUCCAACUUCCCUACUUUAUAGCUUGGAAGGAUUUUCAGAUUUAAACUGGGACAAGGUGCUGAAGCUAAAAUGUCAUAACGGGUCAUUCUUGACAUCUCCAGCCUCCACUGCUUUUGCAUUCAUAGAGACCAAAGAUGAGCAGUGUCUCAAUUUUAUUACGGAAGUCACUCAAAAUUUCAAUGGAGGAGCACCGCCAUGUUAUCCAGUAGACCUAUAUGCCCGACUAUUUGCAGUGGAUCGGCUGAAACGACUAGGAAUUUCUCGUUAUUUCAUGUCAGAGAUCGAUGAAUGCUUAAAUCACGUUUAUAGAUGUUGGACUGAAGAUGGAAUUUUCAGUGGGAGGGGCACAAAUUUUAGCGAUAUUGAUGACACAUCCAUGGGUUUCAGACUCCUUAGACUACAUGGAUAUGACAUGAGCCCUGAGGUGUUCAAGAACUUCAAAAAGGAUGACAAGUUUUCUUGUUAUCCUGGUCAAAUGAUAGAGGCAGCAACCCCAAUAUUCAACUUUUAUAGGGCUUCUCAGGUUCUUUUUCCAGGAGAAAAGAUUCUUGGAGAGGCUAGAGAGUUUGCCUACAACUUUUUACAAAAUUGGCUUGCUUGCGGUAAUUAUCUAGAUAAAUGGAUAAUUGCCAAAGAUAUUCCGAGCGAGGUAAGAUAUGCAUUGGAAGUGCCAUGGUAUGCCAGCUUACCUCGCAUUGAGACUAGGUUCUAUGUGGAACAAUAUGGUGGUGCAGAUGAUGUAUGGAUCGCUAAAACACUAUACAGGAUGCCUGAAAUCAGCAAUAAUCUAUAUUUUGAACUAGCAAAAGGAGAUUACAACAAAUGCCAGCUUCAGCACCUCAAUCAAUGGACUGAUAUUCAACAGUGGUACAAGAAAUGCAAUCUUGUCGAUCAUGGGAUAAGCAUACAAUUCCUUAAGCAUGCUUUUUUUGUUGCUAUGGCGAGCAUAUUUGAGCCAGAAAGAUCGAAGGAGCGAAUAGCAUGGACAAAAUCGUUAAUUUUUUGUGAGAUGAUCAAAUUUUAUUUCAAUGCCACAUCUUUCGACAAAAAGAAAAUGUUUUUAAUGGGAUUUAAAAGCCAUACUCGAGGCACAAUGACAGGAUGCUGCAGAUCUGAGGUAGAUCAACGACUUCUAAGCAAUUUGCUAGAGUUUCUGCACCAGCUGUCCACAGAUACAGCACAAGAGCUAGGGAAAGACAUCAGACAACAAUUAUUUGAAGCUUUUUCUUGUAAAUCUAUUCUACCUAAUUUGUACAGUGGGAAAGUUGGUUGA